UGCCCCUUCCAGAAGUGAAGCACCUGAGCGUGGACAGACUUCUCACCAAGGCCCGGUCCUCUUUGGGACGUGGCAGUGUGACUCGCUCUCCCCAGGCAGUAAACUUGCCCCUGUGAGAGGGAAAUUGAUUAAGCCCAAGUGUGUGGUGCACUUGUCAGGGCACCAGGGCGCAUGGAAACUCCAGUGGACUCUCCCGGAAAGGAGAACAUGCCCCCCAAGUCUCUUUGCAACCUCUCCGAGACCGCGGAGGAGAAUCCGGGAGACUUGGUCCCCGGAGUGUCAGAGAGAGACUUCCUGCCACCCUCCGACGGGACCAGCGCCAAGUUCGCGAUCCGCUGCGUGAUCCCGUCCCUCUACCUGCUCAUCAUCACGGUGGGCUUGCUGGGCAACAUCAUGCUGGUGAAGAUCUUUAUCACCAACAGCGCCAUGAGGAGCGUCCCCAACAUCUUCAUCUCUAAUCUGGCCGCUGGGGACUUGCUGCUGCUGCUCACCUGCGUCCCAGUGGAUGCCUCGCGCUACUUCUUUGACGAGUGGAUGUUCGGGAAGGUGGGCUGCAAACUGAUCCCGGUGAUCCAGCUCACCUCCGUGGGGGUUUCCGUGUUCACUCUCACUGCCCUCAGCGCCGACAGGUACAGAGCCAUUGUCAACCCCAUGGACAUCCAGACAUCCGGGGCGGUGCUGUGGACCUGCGUGAAGGCGGUGGGGAUCUGGGUGAUCUCCCUGCUGCUGGCGGUUCCAGAAGCCGUGUUUUCAGAAGUGACGCGCAUUGAUAGCUUGGAAAAUGGCAACUUCACUGCGUGUAUACCUUACCCUCAGACGGAUGAAUUACACCCAAAGAUUCAUUCAGUGCUCAUCUUCUUGGUCUAUUUCCUCAUUCCACUGGCUAUUAUUAGCGUUUAUUAUUAUCAUAUUGCAAAGACCUUAAUUAAAAGUGCACAUAAUCUUCCUGGAGAAUACAAUGAACAUACUAAAAAACAGAUGGAGACACGGAAGCGCCUGGCUAAAAUUGUGCUAGUCUUCGUGGGCUGCUUUGUCUUCUGUUGGUUUCCAAAUCACAUUCUCUACAUGUAUAGGUCUUUCAAUUAUAAUGAGAUUGACCCAUCUCUAGGCCACAUGAUUGUCACCUUAGUUGCCCGUGUUCUGAGCUUUUGCAAUUCUUGUGUCAAUCCAUUUGCUCUUUAUCUACUCAGUGAAAGCUUCAGGAGGCAUUUCAACAGCCAGCUCUGCUGUGGGAGGAAGUCCUAUCAAGAGGGAUCAACCAGCUACCUUCCCAGCUCUUCUGCAGUGCAUAUAACAUCUCUGAAAAGCAAUGCUAAAAACAUGAUGACCAAUUCAGUUUUACUAAAUGGGCACAGCAUGAAGCAGGAAAUGGCAUUGUGAUUUGAGCCAUUCAACUCACUAUGUGAAUUAAACUUACUCACCUUUCUAUCUCCACUGAGCAGAGCAGAAAGAAACAACUUCCUCAUUCUUACUAUUGCUCAGCUAAUUCAGGAGGUGAUUUCAUGAUUGACUCAGAAAAGGCAAGACAAACACAGCUAGCAUUCUUUUCUGAACAGGACUUUAAAUUACACUGAAAAAUAUAUACAUCUCACAUUAAAAGUCAUCAAGACGCAGUUCUACAUGUGUAUAAAUUAGUAUUGCUUCAGAAUUUAAGCUGUUGUUAGAGCCAACUCUAAUGUAUUUAUCUUAAAUUUGUUUUAUCUUGAAGCAUGAAAUGAAUUCCUAUAUUGACUUGAUGAUUCAGUGAGGGUAAUAGUCAAACUCCUAUUAUAUGAAAUACAAUAUUAUAAUAUAAACAAAUUUCCUGGUGAAUUUUAUUCAUAAGCAGUGCAUGUAUUUAUCUCCUUUGUUCAA